AUGGGAGAACAACUGUUAAGCAACAACAUCCUUGAUCAAUUUAUUAAUAGCCAUGAGCAGUCAUACGAAGAGUUUCUAAAUACAUUCACUUACCUUUCAAAAGAGGAAGAGGGGAAGACAAUUCCAGGACAGAAAGUGGACUCCCUAAGAAAAACAUUUUCUGCUUCUGAAUUAUCAAACAGAAAUAAACAGGAUGGCUCACUUGGAAGAAGCAAAGAAAUGUGGGUGUCUCUUCCACCACAGAUACCAAAUGAGAAUGAGACAGUGAUGAAUGAGAGCUGGAAAGCUGGUGGCUCUGAUGGAAAUGAUCUCAGUCUGUCUGAAAGAGUGAAGGUUCACAAGUACUUAGAUUUGGAAGAUAUGGACACAGGUGAAGAGACGUGCAGCGGUAGGUCAUUAAUUCUCCCAGGAGAGGCGGAACAGACAGUGACGUACUGUACACCCUUUUUUGAUAAGCCUAUUCAGCUGAAGUUCAGAACCUUGUCAGCUCCACAGCCAUCAGGCAGCAAAGCCCAAGAGCUGCUAGGGGAUGAUGUUCAACCAUUCUCACUUGAUGAAGAAUUUGAUUAUGACAGUGUGGCACUGACCCCUAAGUUCUCUGAAGCUGAGCUGAAGGCCAUUAUGGAAUUGUCUGAAGAGAAGAAAACAGGGAUGGAUGUCAAGUCAGCACGAGCUGAAGACUGA